CCAAACUGUACACUUGUCAUUUUCUUGUCAAGCUGGAGCACCCUCAAGGUCCCAGCUCAUAACUUAUUUUAUUUCAAAGUAAUCACACGAAAUGGCUGAUACGGCGACUGAAAUUCCUAUAAGCAUCGAGGAGGGUGUGAGAGAAGCAGUGAAAAAUGUUACAGACCGGCCACCAUCGAGUAUUGAGGGCGUCGCGAUUGCCUACUUAAGUUUAGUUAUUAUGGCUAUUUUGCCGAUAUUUUUCGGUUCAUUUCGUUCAGUGAAGUACCUUAAGGAGCAAAAGGAAUCAGGCGAGCGCGCCGAGACGAUGUCAAACAAGGACGCACUGAUGUUCCCUCUCAUCGCGUCGUGCGCUCUCUUCGCUCUCUACGUGUUCUUCCAGAUCUUCUCCAAGGAGUACAUCAAUCUGCUGCUCACUGGAUACUUCUUCUUCCUUGGAGUGCUGGCUCUGAGCCAUCUGUUGAGCCCCAUCAUCUCGUUCCUAGUACCCGCCUCGGUACCGAACGUACCAUACCACAUCCACUUCACUCGCGGCGAGCGAGACCAGCGGGCUGAUAUAGUCAACUACAAGUUCACCAGCUAUGACGUCAUCUGUGUGUGCAUCUCGCUGUGUCUGGGCGGCUGGUACCUGUUCAAGAAACACUGGAUCGCAAACAACCUCUUCGGGAUCGCCUUCGCCAUCAACGGAGUGGAGUUGCUCCACCUCAACAAUGUAGUCACCGGCUGCAUCCUGCUCUGUGGACUGUUUCUGUACGACAUCUUCUGGGUGUUCGGCACCAAUGUCAUGGUCACCGUGGCCAAGUCCUUCGAGGCUCCCAUCAAACUGGUAUUCCCCCAAGACCUGCUAGUGAACGGGCUGAACGCGUCCAACUUCGCCAUGCUCGGGCUCGGCGACAUCGUCGUGCCGGGCAUCUUCAUCGCGCUCCUGCUCCGCUUCGACAAGAGCCUCAAGCGCGGCUCCGAGUUCUACUUCCGCGCCACCUUCUCCGCGUACAUCCUGGGCUUGCUGGCGACGAUCCUGGUGAUGCACGUGUUUAAGCACGCGCAGCCGGCGCUGCUGUACUUGGUGCCGGCGUGUCUGGGCACGCCGCUCGCGCUGGCGUUGCUGCGCGGCGAUAUACAUGCGCUGUUCAACUAUGAAGACCAGCCAGCCCUCGUAGAGGAAGACGCCAAGGCGAAGAAGACUGAGUAAGAAGCACAAAACAUGACGCAAGCGCACAGCCAGUACCAGGCCUCGUACAAGCUCACAGUAGCAUACAACCACAGAAUAGGGUACUUGUGUACAUAGGUACUGUUAACAAUGCAAAAUAUUAGGAAUUUCAAUGCACAAAGUUUAAUGCAACUAGCAGAUCGUAGUCGUAAUCGAUCAUUGUAAUUAUAAUGUUAACUUUCCAGAGUGUAACAUUUGAAAUUUAAGCUCGACUUGGCUGGCAACCAAGAUCCGACGGUCCAAGGUCAGUACUUGGUCGAUUCGCAACACAAUUUCGCAAAUCGUCUUACUAUUCGGUCGGAACUACCAAGGUCGGGUCGGAAGCCUAGUUGUCGACCGUGUAGUAACCGCUUUAUCCUAGUACUUUAUGUAUCCGUGAAUUUUGUCAUUUGUGGUGUUGCCACGUUGAAAAAUAUGAAACAUGUUUUGCAAGCUGCAUUUUGUUUAACCUAGUUGUAAUUUUUUUUUAUUACAAACGCGUUCUAUGUGUAGACUUGUUAAAAAUAAAAUUACGACACAAUAAGGGUUUAAGUCUUCCUUAGCUCUUCUGAAUUGGACCUUAAGCUAUUACUGACAAAGUGUAAAAUUUAAAUGUUUGGGCUUCUAUGAAGUUAAAAUGGCUACUGUGACAUAUGUAUGUACAGCCUCUCGUAAACAAAGUAAUGUAUGAAUUCACUUGGCUCUUGGCCGAAAAUUUAUAAAAUAUUGCAUUUGUUGAUACCAGGUUCAAAACCUGACCGAAAUGUGUGACAUUCAUUAUAAUUUAUAACAUGAGCCCGUCCUAAACGGAAUAUUAUUACAGUUUAACAUCGUCUGAUGUCGAAGUAAUAUUAGCUGGUUUGCUAAGAAUAUUAAGUAUACAAUAUAAAAGUCCUGUUACUACCUUCACAUGGGCAUUUUUUUUAUUUUGCCUCUUACAGUAGUGGACAGGCUAUAUAAAAAAUUGAUACACUGAUCUUUAACUAUAGAAAACUUAAAAAAAAAAAACAAUAUUGGAUCUGCCCAAUAGUGGGACGAGGCUGGUCAUCUUCCGCAUAAUAUCUUCCAGUGUGGGAGUAUGUUUAAGACUAAGGGAAUAUACCUAUAGCCCGUGCUAUAUGCAUAAUUUACUUGUAGGUUGUAAUAAAUGUAACUUGGUGUUUCCCUGAUGUGUACACUUUUCUAUAUCCUUGAUUUAUAAUCUGUUUAUAUACGUCUUAUUAAAUAUUAAAUGGUUUUAUCUCUUUCUUUCUGUUAGAUGCAAGGAAGAGACAAAACAUGGAUAAAUAAAAUGUGAGACAUUUCAUUUCUUUGUUAACGAAAUUUGAUAUUUUUGUGUUGUUUCCAUGUGCAAAUGCAAUUAGAUUUAUAAGUUUAUUUUUGUUACGAAUCUAGUUUUCAAAUUAUAAUAUAUAUUAUUUUUGUAUUUCGGGAGUUACCAAUAGUCACAAUCUUAUGUUUCUUUUGAAAUGUAUUCUUCGCACUGGCAACCCUGAGGGUGCGUUUUCGAAAAAAAACUAAUUUAUAAAAAAACACGCGACGAAUCAAUGCUGCCAACAUUCCGAGAUGUUUCGUUACACGCACGACUCUAGAAUAAUGUAUUGUUUGACUGUAAGGACGUACUUACACAGUAUAUAUUAUGAUAAAUGUGAAUAUUUUUGGCCUUUUUAUGGACUCUAAGAAUUCCAAACGGAUGUAAGCGUGAGGUGACGGAUCGUCGAAUGAUGAAAUGUAAUAAAAUACGUCAAUAUA